AUGUGUUUUUGCGACGCCGACGUGAGCUUUGCCAUACUGGGAGCUGACUUCCUCAGCCAUUUCAACCUAGAUGUGAGUGUUCACGAUCGGCGCCUCAAGAAUACGGUCUCGUUCCUCGAUGUACUUGGCCUGCAGUCCAACCUCACCUCAGUUGGCAUCCGUACGUUUCGGCUUGUCUCAACGUACGACAGCAUACUUGUUGAGCCCCCGCAUCUCGCGAAGCCCCGGAAAGAUGCACUGCACAUCAAGCACAAGGUGACGCCUCAUACCACCACCACCGGCCCAUCUGUCACCACCCGGCCAUGGAGCUGGAACCAGUUCAGCUGGGACCAGUUGGUAUUGGUACCAGCCCCCACUAGGACCAGCUGGAAUCAGUUCAGCUGGGACCAGUUGGUAGUGGUCCCAGCCCCCACUGGGACCAGCUGGAACCAGCCAGUACCUUCCAAGUUUGGCUACAGCGUCGUUGCAAAGACUGAGAGGCUGUUGCUUCAAGCAAGGAUACAGGACUGUCGUGGCAGUAUUAGGAAGCUUGAAAACGAGGCAUUUUUUGCACGUCGCCGUCUGAAGGACCACUGUCCAGAUCAUUUUGCAAGUAUCCAGCUGCACGCCAACUUUGAAGCCAACAUGCGUGCCCGGCAUGCGGGGUUGGUGCACAGUGUCAAGCUUGACAGACUUUCGGAAUCUACCAGACCAUACCGGCCGUACAACCGACGAACUACGGUAUACAACCUUUCUUCGCACAGCGUCGACCCAGCCGAGGCCUCGGUCCUAGAGCUAGGUCUGAAUUUCAAUUUUGCACCUGCACCUGACGUGCGAAAGAUUGUGUGUGCGGUGGAAUGCGCGGUUAACCAAGUUGACCCGUCCCGCAGUGACGAGGCUCGCACCCGCGCCAUUGGUGUCCUUUCUGGUCUGCACCGGAGGAAGUUUGUUUCCCCUCUUUCCGCUGAGGAACGAAAAGCUGUCAAGCGUCUUCAGGCGAACACUGCAAUCGUGAUCCUUCCCGCCGACAAGGGGAAUGCAACAGUGCUAAUUGACACGGCUGUCUACAAAAACAAGAUGUUGGCUCUGCUUAAUGACCAGGACACUUACGUCCGGCUCACUCGGGACCCGACCUUGAAGGUUCAGAGGGACUUCCAGACUCUCCUGGCUGACGUGUUCCGCUUCGUAGCUCCCGAGCGCAAGUCUUUGUAUUUCAAGCUUCUCUGUCAUAACUGUGCUGCACCUACACUUUAUGGCCUGCCAAAGGUUCAUAAGCCUAACGUCCCCCUACGUCCAAUCGUCGACUACACUCGCUCCCCUCUCUACAAAUUGUCCACAUACCUGCACCAGCUUCUGGCUCCACUCGUCGGGAAGAGCUCCACGCACGUGAGCAACUCCUGUGACUUUAUUGAAAAAGUUCGUGACGUGUCUCUAGACGACGACGAGGUGAUGGUUUCGUUCUACGUGGUAUCACUGUUUACCUCAAUUCCGACUGACUUGGCUGUGGAAGCAUGCACCUCUGCUCUGGAAUCUGACAGGACCUUGCCAGACAGGUCGCCCAUUGACGUUCACGACCUCAAGAGGCUCCUCUGUUUUUGCCUUGGAAACACGUACUUCUGUUUCGACAAGGUCUUCUACAGAAUCUCAGGGACAAGGAAGCUGGCCACCGUGUCGCCAAAGGUCGUCAGCUUGUAUUAG